AUGCGGCUUUUCUUUACAGUCUGGACACCCUACCUGCGCAAUGGCGAUAGGAUAUUCUCCGUCGAUGAUGUUCCUCCGAUAUUUUGCAAACCAGAUUGGCUUCCCCCCGACCACAAUGGAGAGAAAUAUACUGGAGAACUGGAAAACGACGAACACGCGUAUUGGAACCAGGUGCACCAAGACUGGGCCGUGUUCCCAAGGUCCGUGAACGAGAAUGAGUGUGCUGGGCUUGUGAUGCAUUUUGACCUUAUGCUGGGUUCUAUUAAAGAGCGCCCACCGCCAGAGAUUAUGGUGAUCAAGCAUGAUGUACUCAAGAUUGGGAGGGCUUUAAUCCUACUCAUACGGCCGACUGCGUUUAUCGGGUUCUAUCCUGAGCCCGUUUUUGAACUACCGUUGGAUGCUGUUCUGUUGAGUCUUGAAAACGUCAUGUUCCAUGAGUUCACCCAUACGGCCAAGGCACGUCGUGAUUGCAACCCGACCGAAUUCAUCGUGCAAGAGCGAAGAUCAAAUACUCCUCUCUCGGCGAUCACAGAUGGGGAAUCAAAUUCCUCGAACACACCGACAACAGCUCAAAGAUCCCAGGAGACAACAAUAUCGGACACCCAUAUUCCCGAAUCAACAUAUGAGAUCUUUCAGCGAGUAUUUGACGUCGAUCAACCCUCAACCUCGUUUGACAUACACUCCAACGUCGCAUCCCACGAUAUCUUGACCGAAGAAACAGCCAGCCUUUUGAGAUUUUAUCAAAAUGGAAUUGGAGUAUGGAUGGACAUAUUCGACAGUCCCCAUACGUACCAGAAUGAGGUAGUGCGCUAUUCUCUCUCGUCUCCGCUUCUCAUGCAUGCAGUUUGCGCGCUCGCACCCAAGCAAAUGAGUCUGAUCCAAAACAAAUUUCUCUGGGAGCCUGCAUCCUCUCGCUUCUAUGGUGAAAGCCUCAGUUUGCUCAUCAAGGAGCUUACCGAGCAAAGCACCAACCGCGAUUUUUUACUAGCUGCUUCGAUUCUACCUGGCAGCUACGAGUUGCUCGCGCAACCCGGCAUUGAUUAUCAAAGGCAUUUGAACGGUGCCCAUACUCUCAUCUUAUGUUGCAAUAUUGGAGAACAAGGGUCCUUUUUCGUACAAGCCAGCUUUUGGAUCUAUGCGCGUCAGGAUGUUGCUUUAGCGCUUGCGAAUGAGCGCCCAACACUAACGCCAGCAGCAAAGUGGCCGGCACCUUGCGAGAAUUCAACCCUUAUUGAAGAUUAUGUUGGGAACAAGAUUGUUUGGCUGCUCGAGAGGGUAAUCGAGGCGAAGUUCACCCUUACAAAUGACGACUGGACCGUCAAUGAACUUGGAAGCUUCGAAAGCCUCGUAUCAGAAACUGAUUUGUACUGA